AUGGAAUUGUUUAGGUCGGAGCUCUAUUAUAUAUUCGUAAGAAAAGAAUCAAGUUUGUGGUGGAAUCGCGUAACUGGCGCAUUUUCAGUUCGUUCAGCAUGGGAUCUAUCGGAUAUCGAAGAUAUAGAAUGCCUGGGUAUUACGGAAGCCGUAAAGAAUGUUAGUAAUACAAUCAAAAGUACUACACAGCAAGCUGCAACACAGGUAAAGCAAACUGUAAAAAAGCAAAGGGACCCAAAGCUGGCAGAAAGAUUUGAGAAAAGGCUCACAGACGAAUUGCAUAAAAUAUUUGACGACUCUGACAGCUUUUAUUAUUCCCGGACCCUAGAUAUCACAAACAGUCUACAGCGUCAGUACGAAAUAGAGAAAAUUCUGGAAACCGAAGACGCCGGUGGGAAAACGAUAACUGAUAUAACGAGAUGGUGGAAACACGUCGACGAUAGAUUUUUCUGGAAUAAACAUAUGUUGAAGGACAUCAUCGCUUUGGAUAGUCCCAAUUGUGACCAGUGGAUUCUGCCUGUGAUCCAAGGUUACGUGCACUUGUCCCAGAUUGCUGUGGACCCAGCUGACAGCAAUCCUUUGAAUGUAGAAUCCCUCUCCACCUCUAACUCUUGUGACGAGACCUUCACACUCGGUCUGAUAUCCAGAAGAUCGCGAUAUCAAGCCGGAACGAGGUACAACCGUCGCGGCAUCGAGCCGGGCGGGAAAGUGGCCAAUUACGUGGAAACGGAACAAAUCGUCUCUAUCAUCUGUUCGGACAGCAUUCACAGGGCUUCUUUCGUACAGGUCCGCGGUUCGGUGCCGAUAUUUUGGAGCCAGCCGGAGUAUAAAUUCCGACCGCCUCCACGACUGGACAGAGGCGAGGAGGAGACCCACGCCGCCUUCAAGAAACACUUCGAGGAGGAGCUGAAGAUAUACAAGCACGUGUGCAUCGUCAACCUGGUCGAGCAACAGGGCCGCGAGCGCGUCAUAUGGGAGGCGUACGGGAACCACGUGCUGAAAUACAACAGCCCCGACGUGAUAUACGCGACCUUCGACUUCCACGAGUACUGUCGCGGCAUGCACUACGAGAACGUGAGCAUCCUGAUAAACGCGAUCGCGGACAUAAUCGCCGAGACGCGCUUCACGUGGCGCGACGACCGCGGCCUCAUAUGCGGCCAGGGCGGCGUCUUCCGCGUCAACUGCAUCGACUGCCUCGACCGCACCAACGUGGUGCAGACGGCCAUAGCGAAGUACGUGCUGGAGCUGCAGCUGUGCAGGCUGGGCCUGGGCACGCCCGGCUGCGGUCUACCGCCGUCUUUGAGGAACGCGUUCCUCACCAUGUGGGCGGACAACGGCGACGUGGUGUCCAGGCAGUACGCGGGAACAAAGGCGCUAAAGGGCGACUACACACGCACAGGCGAAAGAAAAUUCACGGGCAUGAUGAAAGAUGGCGUCGCGUCCGCUAACAGGUACUACCUGUCCACAUUCAAGGACGCCCUGCGUCAGGUCGCCAUCGAUGUGAUGACGGGCGAAUCCCGGACGAUCCCGGAACAGCUGAUAGUGCCCGAGUGCAGCCGCUGCACCUCCGUCAAGGUGCUGAUGCUCAACGAACGUACCGAGCCCGACACGGCCGCGAUGGCGCAACACGUCAAGUCCCUGAUCGACGAUUGCAAGAAACUCCUCGUGGACUCAGAACCGGUGCUGGGUUCCUGGGGCCUAAUAGACGCCGACCCUCAAACCGGCAACCCGCACGAGACGGAAACGGGCAGCGUGAUGGGGCUCUCAAUUUGCUCUGAACGUUGCUUAAGCCCUGUCUCUCUCAAACACAGCACCGGCAACCCGCACGAGACGGACACGGGCGGCGUGAUGGGCCUCUCCAUUUGCUCUGAACGUUGCUUAAGCCUGGUCUCUCUCAAACACAGCACCGGCAACCCGCACGAGACAGAAACGGGCGGCGUGAUGGGCCUCUCAAUUUGCUCUGAACGUUGCUUAAGCCCCGUCUCUCUCAAGCACAGCACCGGCAACCCGCACGAGACGGAAACGGGCGGCGUGAUGGGCCUCUCAAUUUGCUCUGAACGUUGCUUAAGCCCUGUCUCUCUCAAACACAGCACCGGCAACCCGCACGAGACGGAAACGGGCGGCGUGAUGGGCCUCUCAAUUUGCUCUGAACGUUGCUUAAGCCCUGUCUCUCUCAAACACAGCACCGGCAACCCGCACGAGACGGAAACGGGUGGCGUGAUGGGCCUCUCAAUUUGGAACGUUGCU